GGCGGCGGCAGCUGGGGGGGGGGAGCCAGGAGAAGAUGGCGGUGCGGAAGAAGGAUGGAGGCCCCAACGUGAAGUACUACGAGGCCGCAGACACCGUGACCCAGUUUGAUAACGUGCGGCUCUGGCUCGGCAAGAACUACAAGAAGUAUAUCCAAGCUGAACCACCCACCAACAAGUCCUUGUCUAGCCUAGUGGUACAGUUGCUACAGUUCCAGGAGGAGGUAUUUGGCAAACACGUGAGCAACGCACCACUUACCAAGCUUCCGAUCAAAUGUUUCCUAGAUUUCAAAGCAGGAGGUUCCCUGUGUCAUAUCCUUGCAGCUGCUUACAAGUUCAAGAGCGACCAGGGAUGGCCUGAGCCAUGCCACUCACUGGGCUCUUGCCUUCCCACAAGGCGGCGUUACGAUUUCCAGAAUCCAUCCCGCAUGGACCGAAACGUGGAAAUGUUCAUGACCAUUGAGAAGUCCCUUGUGCAGAAUAACUGCUUGGCUCGACCCAAUAUUUUCCUACACCCUGAGAUUGACCUUAAGCUGCUAGGAAAAUUGAAGGACAUUAUCAAAAGGCAUCAGGGAACAGUAACUGAAGAUAAGAACAAUGCCUCCCAUAUAGUAUGCCCUGUUCCUGGGAACCUGGAGGAAGAGGAAUGGGUACGGCCAGUCAUGAAGAGGGACAAACAAGUUCUUUUGCACUGGGGCUACUAUCCUGACAGUUAUGAUACCUGGAUUCCAGCAAGUGAAAUUGAAGCUUCUGUGGAAGAUGCACCCACACCUGAGAAACCAAGGAAGGUUCAUGCAAAAUGGAUUCUAGACACAGAUACUUUCAAUGAGUGGAUGAACGAAGAAGACUAUGAAGUGAAUGAUGACAAAAACCCUGUGUCUCGCCGUAAGAAGAUCUCAGCUAAGACACUGACAGAUGAGGUGAACAGCCCAGAUUCAGACAGGCGGGACAAGAAGGGUAGUAACUACAAGAAAAGAAAGCGUUCUCCCUCUCCUUCUCCAACCCCUGAAGCCAAAAAGAAAAAUGCAAAGAAGGGCCCCUCAACACCUUAUACUAAGUCAAAGCGUGGACAUCGAGAAGAAGAGCAAGAGGAUUUGACCAAGGACAUGGAUGAACCCUCACCAGUCCCCAAUGUGGAGGAAGUAACACUGCCCAAGACAGUCAAUACCAAAAAGGACUCAGAGUCGGCACCAGUUAAAGGAGGCACCAUGACAGAUCUAGAUGAACAAGAGGAUGAGAGCAUGGAGACCACAGGCAAGGAUGAGGAUGAGAGCAGCACUGGCAACAAGGGCGAGCAGGCGAAGAACCCUGACCUUCAUGAGGACAACGUGACUGAGCAGACUCACCACAUCAUCAUCCCUAGCUAUGCGGCCUGGUUUGACUACAAUAGCGUCCACGCUAUUGAGAGGAGGGCUCUGCCAGAAUUCUUCAAUGGCAAGAACAAAUCCAAGACCCCAGAAAUCUACUUGGCCUAUCGAAACUUCAUGAUUGACACCUAUCGACUGAACCCUCAAGAGUACCUCACCUCCACUGCUUGCCGUCGGAACCUGGCAGGUGAUGUCUGUGCCAUCAUGAGAGUCCAUGCCUUCCUGGAACAGUGGGGUCUAAUCAACUACCAGGUGGAUGCAGAGAGCCGACCAACUCCCAUGGGACCCCCACCCACUUCUCACUUCCAUGUCCUAGCUGACACACCCUCAGGGCUGGUACCACUGCAGCCCAAGACACCCCAGGGUCGCCAGGUUGAUGCUGACAACAAGGCUGGGCGAAAAGGCAAAGAGCUGGAUGAACUGGUACCGGAGACAGCUAAGGGAAAGCCAGAGCUGCAGACCUCAGCUUCCCAGCAAAUGCUUAACUUUCCUGACAAAAGCAAAGAGAAACCAGCAGAUAUGCAGAACUUCGGACUACGGACAGAUAUGUACACCAAAAAGAAUGUACCCUCCAAGAGCAAAGCCGCAGCCAGUGCAACCCGUGAGUGGACAGAACAGGAGACGCUACUUCUUCUGGAGGCACUGGAGAUGUACAAAGACGACUGGAACAAGGUGUCGGAACAUGUAGGGAGUCGCACACAGGAUGAAUGCAUUCUGCACUUCCUCCGUUUGCCCAUUGAGGACCCGUACCUAGAGGACUCGGAGGCCUCACUGGGGCCCCUUGCCUACCAGCCUAUCCCCUUCAGCCAGUCUGGUAACCCCGUCAUGAGCACUGUUGCCUUCCUGGCCUCUGUGGUUGACCCCCGAGUGGCUUCUGCUGCUGCCAAGUCAGCCUUAGAAGAGUUCUCCAAGAUGAAAGAAGAGGUUCCCACAGCCCUGGUGGAGGCCCAUGUUCGCAAGGUGGAGGAAGCAGCCAAAAUGACAGGCAAAGCAGACCCAUCCUUCGGUUUGGAGAGUAGUGGCAUUGCAGGAACCACCUCUGAUGAACCUGACCGGAUGGAAGAGAGUGGGGCUGAUGAGACUCGGGCAGAAGGCCAAGUUGCAGAGGAGAAAAAAGAGCCCAAGGAACUACGGGAAGGAAGUGCCACCACAGAAGAAGAAGUAAAGGAUAAACCAAGUGAAGCACCCAAAAAGGAGGAAGAGAAGGGAAAGGAAGGUGACAUUGAGAAAGAGUCGGAGAAGAGUGAUGGGGACCCCAUGGCUGACCAGGAAAAAGAGAAGGAGCCAAAGGAGGGACAGGAGGAGGUGCUAAAGGAUGUGGUUGAGGCUGAGGGUGAGAGGAAAACCAAGGUAGAGCGGGACAUCGGCGAAGGCAACCUCUCCACUGCAGCCGCUGCUGCCUUGGCAGCGGCUGCUGUAAAAGCCAAGCACUUGGCUGCAGUUGAAGAGAGGAAGAUCAAGUCCCUGGUGGCCCUGCUAGUAGAGACCCAGAUGAAGAAACUGGAGAUCAAACUUCGGCACUUUGAAGAGCUGGAGACCAUCAUGGACCGGGAGCGAGAGGCCCUGGAGUACCAGAGGCAGCAGCUGCUGGCUGACAGACAGGCCUUCCACAUGGAACAGCUGAAGUAUGCAGAGAUGAGGGCACGGCAGCAGCAUUUCCAGCAAAUGCACCAACAGCAACAGCAGCCUCCCCCAAACUUACCCCCUGGCUCCCAGCCAGUACCACCCACAGGAGCCUCUGUGCCACCCCCUGCCCACAGCUUGGCUGUGGCUCCACCCUCUGUGGCCCCUACUCCUGCUGGUACUGGGGCCCCUCCUGGCGGCUUGGCCCCCACUGAACAGAUGGGACAGACAGGGUCAGCCUCAGGGUCACAACAGCUACAACCAGCUGGAGCUUCCCAGCCGGGGACAAUCCCACCUGGAGCACCCCCCACUGGACCCCAUGGCCCCUCACCGUUCCCUAGCCAACAAACUCCUCCCUCAAUGAUACCAGGGGCAGUGCCAGGCAGUGGGCACCCAAGUGUGGCCGGUAAUGCUCCUUUGGGUUUGCCUUUCAGCAUGCCACCUCCUCCUCUUCCUCCUCCUCCAUCAUCCAUCAUCCCAUUUAGUAGCCUAGCUGAUUCCAUCAAUAUUAACCUUCCUCCUCCUCCUAACCUGCAUGGGCAUCACCACCAUCUCCCGUUUGCCCCGGGAACCCUCCCCUCACCUAACCUGCCUGUGUCCAUGGCGAGCCCUCUACAUCCUAACCUGCCGGCGACCACCACCAUGCCAUCUUCCUUGCCUCUCGGGCCAGGGCUGGGAUCCGCUGCAGCCCAGAGCCCUGCUAUUGUGGCAGCUGUUCAGGGCAACUUCAUGCCCAGUGCCAGCCCGCUGCCAGACCCAGGCACCCCAAUACCCCCAGACCCCACAGCCCCCAGCCCAGGCACGGUCACCCCAGUGCCACCUUCGCAGUGAGGAGCCAGCGGACACCUCUUCUCUGCCCAUUCCUGGUUUGGAGACUUGGCAUCCUGGAACAGCCUGCCCACCCCAAAGGACAGAACAUGCUGCCUUCCCCAACCCCCUUUACAAGUUGGACCUCUCCCCAGCCUGGACAGGUCAUCACUACGUAAGGAAAGUCUGUCUUUCCCAUUCCCCACCGUGUCGUUUGUGCCUCAAAGGCACGACGUUUAUAUCUGAUUGUAUCAAGACUUUUAUUUAAAAGAGAUUACUAAUGUCUGGGGAAGGGGAUAGGAGGAGAAUACUAUACCAGAGAAGAGGGGCUAGUAGGGAGGUACUGGGUUGUGGGUAUUUAUACCAGGUUCUGAUUAACCACUUCUUAGGGGUAUAUCCCCUUCUUAUUGCAGCUUUGUGGAAUUUUUUUAAAAGGAUAAUAAAUUCAAAAACACUUUUAAAGGGAAAGAAGGAAUGGGAGAGGAAACCCACAUUAGAGCUUUUCCCCCGUCCCUUCCUCAAAUUAAAAAGAAAAAAAGGUUGAGGUGGUUCUGAUCAACAAGAACAGGGGAAGAGUGCUAGAGUGAAUUCUAGAGAGGAAUCAGUGGCCUCUGGGCUCCUUGCCCUUUCCCCAGCUUCAGCACACGCCCCCCCCCCCCAACUCUUUGGGAGUAUCAAUUCAGUCCUCUCUCCAGAUCACUGAGAAUAAACUCUGCUGCUGCUUCCUCAGAUAAUGUCACUGUUUUAGGCCCUCCCCACCUUUCCCCUCCUGUCCCAAGCUAGGCAAAUCCCUCUAAAUGUCAAGUUGUGUGUGUAUGUAUGUGUGUGUGUGUGUGUGUGUGUGUGUUUUUUAAUUGGCUGCUUAGACUGUAUGUAUGUGUGUGUGUGAGUGUGUGUAUAUGGGGGUGGGACAGGGAAAAGACUUUGGGAGUUUAGAGUCCUUCGAUAAAUGGUAGGGAGGAAGGGACUGGAGUCUGUAUCUCAGCUCCCUAAACUUAAUUAAUUACUUUCCCAGAGGGAAUGAAAGGUAGAGUUGGCAGAAGAUGGAAUGUUUUUAAAACCUGAAAUUUUAAAAAAGCACUUAAGCACCUCCCUUUUAUUGAUUUCAACCCUUUCCCCUAUCAAGACCACCAGAAACAUUCAUUUCUACAAGUGAUCAUCUCUGGAACUUGGGGAUUCAGGGAGGGAAGUGGCAGAGUACAGUGUAGAGCUAUUGGCAAUAGCUGUCAAGCUCUCCCCACUCUCCGAAUCCUUCUCCUUGAUUCACCCUGGAUGUGAAGACAAAACUGACUCUUCAAUCUGCCCUCCUCCUGGAGCCAGCAUCCCCCUAUAACCCGUCUCUUCCCACCUGGGCCCUUUGUUUCAUGUGCCCUUUUACAAGGUACCCACACUUACUCUCCCUUAUGUGGCUCAGCACCUUCUGUUAAGUCUUCUGUAAAUUUUCCUUUUUUUUUUAUAAAUUAAUUUGCUUUUCACUUCCA